AUGGACGCGGACAUAAACGUCACGAAAGCGGAUGUCGAAAAGGCACGACAACAAGCUCAAAUCCGGCACCAAAUGGCAGAGGACAGCAAAGCUGAUUAUUCAUCGAAUCUUCAGAAAUUCAACCACGAGCAGCGCGACUAUUACCACACUCACAUUCCCAACAUAUUCCAGAAAAUACAGGAGAUGGAGGAGCGGAGGAUAGUGAGGCUCGGAGAAUCCAUGAAGACCUAUGCGGAGGUCGACCGGCAGGUGAUUCCCAUCAUCGGGAAGUGCUUGGACGGAAUAGUGAAGGCGGCCGAGGGCAUUGAUGAGAAAACUGACUCGCAGCUGGUCAUAGAGGCUUACAAGUCAGGGUUCGAGCCUCCUGGAGACAUCGAAUUUGAGGACUACACGCAGCCCAUGAAGCGCACCGUGUCGGAAAACAGCCUUUCCAACUCCAGAGGCGACGGCAAAGCGGAGCCCAAGUUCGGGGGCAAACCCAAAGGGAAGCUAUGGCCGUUCAUCAAGAAAAACAAGCUUAUGUCCCUCUUAACAUCCCCCCAUCAGCCUCCCCCUCCUCCCCCUGCCUCUGCCUCACCCUCUGCUGUUCCCAACGGCCCCCAGUCUCCCAAGCAGCAAAAGGAACCCCUCUCCCAUCGCUUCAACGAGUUCAUGACCUCCAAACCCAAAAUCCACUGCUUCAGGAGCCUAAAGCGAGGGGGCGCGGCGCCCGAGGACUUCAGCAACCUCCCGCCCGAACAGAGGAGGAAAAAGCUCCAGCAGAAGGUGGACGAGUUAAAUAAGGAGAUGCAGAAGGAGAUGGACCAAAGAGAGGCCAUCACCAAGAUGAAAGACGUGUACCUGAAGAACCCUCAGAUGGGAGACCCAGCCAGUCUGGACCACAAGCUGGCCGAAGUCAUCCAGAACAUUGACAAGCUGCGGCUCGAGGCCCAGAAGUUUGAGGCCUGGCUGGCGGAGGUGGAGGGCAGGCUCCCGCCCCGCGGUGAGCAGCGCAGGCAGAGCGGCCUGUACGACGCCCAGUCCGCCCCGGCCGUCAACAACUGCGUGCAGGCCCGGGAGAGCCCGGAUGGCAGUUACACGGAGGAGCAGAGCCAGGAGAGCGAGGUGAAGGUGCUGGCCACGGACUUCGAUGAUGAGUUUGACGACGAGGAGCCGCUGCCCGCCAUCGGGACGUGCAAGGCGCUCUACACCUUCGACGGCCAGAAUGAAGGGACCAUCUCAGUCACGGAAGGAGAGACGCUGUACGUCAUUGAGGAAGACAAGGGGGACGGGUGGACCCGCAUCCGGAGGAACGAAGACGAGGAGGGCUACGUGCCCACCUCCUACGUCGAAGUCUAUUUGGACAAAAAUGCCAAAGAUUCCUAA